AUGAUUGUCUCAAAAUACUUUAUGUUUUUUUCCGACUUUGUCAAUUUAGAAAUAGUUUGCAAGAAGUUUAAAGGGAAUAUGGAAAAGUUCCAUUUUAACCCAAUUCCACUGACGAACAAAACAAUAAAACAUUUCCCAUCCAUUGAAACUCUCAAUUUAUGGAGCGAAAAAGAUGAGACAUUUGGAAAUCACAUCAAAAGUAUAAUGCCUAAAAAGAUGGUCUUUUCUGAAAUAUUAAAGUCGUUUUACCGUGUUAGAGUUUUCUAUCCAAUUACAUACCAAGACUACUUGUUAAACAUUAAAGGCGUGUUUAUGUUCUUCAAUGUUUGUUACACACAAGACAACAAAAACAGUUUUGGUAAAGUAAUACCACAAAGUGUUACUUCACUUAACAUCAACUGCUAUUACAACGACAAUACUUUGAAAUCAAUAGACAUCCCAAAUCAAGUCUCUUUUAUUGGAGGAAGUUGUUUUUAUAGUUGCCAAAACCUUGUAAGAGUGGUGUUACCAAACAAUCUUCGAGUGUUGCAACCGUAUACAUUUUGUCAAUGCAACUCUCUUAUUGAUAUCAAUAUUCCAAAUAGAGUCGUUUCAAUUGGAAAUAGCUGCUUCUACAAUUGUAAGAAACUUGAAAGUGUAACAUUGGGUAACUGUGUUACCAGUGUUGGUCAACAAUGUUUUUAUUGUUGCAAAAAUUUAACAAAAAUCAACACCAACAACAGUAUUGUGGAAAUAGGGUUUGAAGCGUUCAAAUAUUGCGAUAAACUGGAGAUUAAUAAAAUGCUAAAAUGA